UAAAAAUUUGUAAACAAUGGUACAUGUAAAUUAUACGUUUUCAUUGAUCAAAGAUUAAUUUGUAUGAUUUGAUUUAAUCCAUUCAUUGAUAGGACGUUGAACUUCGAAAUAUUUUGAAUAUUUUUGUGUAUUUUUAAACUUUGUUUAUAAGUUGUUAAAAAAAUAUAAAUAAAGGAUUUAUUGAGUAAAAUAUGUUUAAAUAAGGAGGAAGAAUGUGAUACUAAAAAUUAAAGAUAAUUUUAAAAACUAUGGUAGUGUUCGAAUGCGUAUCGAAUGAUAUGCUAGCUGUGGUACAUAUAACCUAUAAAUUCUUAUAACACGUGGUUAGUGCUGUCAAAACAAAUGAGUUUAUUCGUAAUAAAUAGAUAUGAAGGUGAGAAGAAACAAGAAAAACAAAAUGAAAAAAAGCAUUUAUCUAAUCUCUUAAAAAGAAUAGAAGAGCGUAAACGAGAAAAGGCAACUGAAAAUUCUUUCACAAAGGAAUCUAAGAGUAAAAAGAAAAAGUCUAAAUGUGAUAAAUCUGUUACAAGUACAGAACAAGAUGUCUCAAUUGAUGAAAAUCUUGUUCAUAAUGGUAUUGAACAACAAAAUGAAACAGAAGAUGCAAGUCAACAGAAAGUACACAAGAAGAAGAAAAAGAAAAAAAAUAAUGUGCAAGAAGAUGAUCAAUUAAACAAAGAGUCAAAUAAAUCUAUAGAUUCGAAAGAAUCGCAAGUACAGAUACCAGAACAACAGAAAGACUUUAUAAUUUUAGGUGCAAAAGCUAAAAAAAAGAAAUAUGAAGUUAAAAGGGUAUUACCAGAUUGGUUGGCCAAUCCAGAAGUUAUAUCAAUUGAUUUAAAUAGUGGCCCAAGUAUAGAAGAAUUUAAUACAGUUCUGGAUUCUAAACUAAUUGAACAUCUAAAGAAUAAUGGCAUCUGUAAAUUAUUUCCUGUUCAAGCGAGUAUGCUUUCUUGGUUACUGAAAUGUAAUGAAGAUAGGCAACAAGGAUGGUGGGUACGUGAUACGUGUGUAUCUGCUCCCACUGGCAGUGGAAAAACUUUAGCAUAUAUUUUACCAAUUGUGCAAAUAUUACAAUCUCGAUUAGUACCAAAGAUACGUUCUUUAGUUGUUGUACCAUCACAAGAAUUAGCUGCACAGGUUUACAAAGUAGCAGUUGCAUAUACAUCUCAUACAAACCUCAGAGUUGGUCUACUUUCUGGUGCAUCUUCAUUUGAGCGAGAACAAACUAGUAUCCUUAAAAAGACUCUUAGAGGAGAAUACAUAUCCCUGGUAGAUAUAGUUGUUGCCACACCUGGACGCUUGGUUGUUCACAUAUUAAAGACAUCAGGAUUUUCUUUAGAUAGUCUCCAAUUCCUUGUUAUUGAUGAAGCAGACAGAGCUGCAGAUUGGUUAGAAUAUCUUCCUGAACAUCUUCAUGCUCCAAGACUAACACUGUAUAAUUUACAUCACAGCAAAACUCCAGCACAGAAGUUGUUGUUUAGUGCUACCUUAUCUCAGGAUCCAGAAAAAUUGAGCCGUCUUGGUCUUUUUCAACCAAUAUUGUUUACAUCUGUUUUGGUAUCAGGCAAAGAUGAGGAUGUAAACUUAGAUAAAGAAGUAGGCGAUUUCUUAGGCAGGUACACAAGUCCUGAAGAAUUAACAGAACUUGCAGUAGAGUGUGCAACAGAGUACAAACCAGUGGCUGUGUAUCAAAUAUUAAUUAGAAAUGAUAUGGUUUCUAAAACGUUAAUAUUUACAAAUUCUGGAGAAACUGCACAUAGACUGACAUGUCUGCUUCAAUCUUUCUUCUCUGAAAAGGAUUUAAAAGUUGGGGAACUUUCGGCACAACUGAUGCCAAAACAACGAGAAGAUGUACUCCAAAAAUUUUCUAUUGGAGAUAUUCAAAUACUCGUGAGUUCCGAUGCUUUAGCAAGGGGUGUGGAUAUUCCAGACGUACAGUUAGUUAUAUCUUACGAUCUCCCUAAACACAUUAAAGGUUAUAUUCAUAGAGCAGGAAGAACAGGACGCGCAGGCAAACAGGGAACGGCAGUAUCAAUUCUGACAACUAAACAAGUGGAAAUAUUUAAGCACAUGUUGACUAAUGCUCAUAAAAUAGUACCAGAAAUUGAGAAAUUAGAAUUAGACUCUAUCGCAAACGUUAUGGGUUAUUCGAGUCAUGUACAAAAAUUGAAGGAAGAGCUUGAUAAAGAGAAACAAAAUAGUCUACAGCGUAUGAAAGCUGUUAAACGUAUUAAAUCGACAAUUGCAGAAUGAAGGCAAACACUUCUUGUACAUAUGUGCGAGUUAAUUAAGUAUCUUGUUUGUACAUAUUAAUAAACGAUUUGAAUACUUCAUUCGCACAAGUUCUCCUUUAACUCUCCUAAAAUCGAUGAAACAAUAA